CACUGUGGUUUUGUGAUAUUUGCGCCGAGCAUUGGAUAUUAUUCUUGUUGCAAUGUUUAGUUUAUCGGUGUAUGGUCUAGUCGUCGUUCUAGCUCUGAACGCGAACUGCCAGCGAUACAAUGGCGGCGGGGACGGCGGAGAGGCAGCAAAUUACGUUUAUCGGCCGCAGGAACCACAGUCAGACUACAACAGCAACUACCAGAACACUCCGCCGCCGCCGCAGAUUCUGUCGCACAAGCAGGCGUUGAACCACGACGGCAACUUCAAGUACCUGUUCACGUCGGAAAACGGGCUCGCGCAAGGCGAGAGCAUCGCUCCCGACGGGUCCCGUAACGGCGGUUACAGCUACGUCGACCCCACCGGAAGGAAGAUCGUAGUCAAGUACACCGCUGGGAAAGAAGGAUUUAGGAUACUAGAAGCAGACCACUUGCCGAAAGCUCCGUUGCCUGUGGCCCCACUUCCAGCCCCCCAACAAACCCAGGCUGCUUACUCCCAACCUUCGUACGGCGGUCAGAACAACAAAUACGACGACGGUCAGUAUCGUCCUCACCUCUACGAACGCCCCGAAAGACAGGAGUCCCUGCCGAGAUAUCUGACUGGGGCCCCUCCUCAGCAGAGCUACCCCCAACCUAGGGCGGCCUACGCGCAACCUCAACCUGUGUACCCCAGGUCGGCUCCGCAACAGUCGAACAAUUUGGAGGACAAGGAGCCAGAAUACAACGAUGCUCCCGGAAAACCACACAGUUUUGGAACCGGGUACAUUUUCGAGUUUCAAGGAUAGAAAAGACAUCACCUGUAAAUUAUAGUAUUAUUUUACGCAAGAAAACACGAAAGGCUACAUUGUAGCCCAUUUAUAAUCCAUGGACCAAAUACCAUAAAGGGGCUAUUGCGAACCUAUUGUUUUUUUUUGGUAAAAAGUUUUCUCAGCAAAACUUUGAUUUUUUUUUUAUCUUCUUGUUCCUUAUUAUAAUUUCUAUUAUACUGAUAAUGUAUAUAAAACUGUUAAUUGUUAGUAGAUAGUAUUUUUUAAAUCUAUGAGACUUGUUUUAGUUUGUAUGUUAUUGAAUUUUAUAAUAAAUAAAUAGG